AUGAGUAAACAACUGCUUGCGGAUUCGAUGGCGCAGUUGAAUUCUUUAGGAGACAUUAUAAGCAACCAACUCGAGCAAGCCCACACCGAACCAGGAACACCUAUCAACACGGCUAGGAAAGGCGCAAUGUCACUUCUAAAGCGCCUGGUCACUUCCAAAGACUCAAGGGCUCUCACAGAUGACGGGACUAGUAUAACACCCUCAAGUCAACACGAGACGGGUAUCCCAAAAGGACCCUGGUUCGAACAUUUCAAAACUGAGCUGAUGCAGAGAGAUGAAAGCCAGCGUGAUCGUUAUAUUGAGAUUCUAAAGAAGAACCCGGUUGUGGAGCUGGAGGACAGUGAUUCCAAUCUGGACCUGACCGCGCUGCAAAUGGCCAUGGCCAAAUUAGAGGAGCGGUACAAACGGAACCGCGUCCGUUACCUUAUCGCAGUGGCACUGUUUAUAGUCACACUGGUAUUGCUGGCUAUAGUUGUGAUUGUGGUUCUGCUUCAAACCGAUGCCCCGGACCCAUGCCUCAAUUUUACGACGAAGAUAAUUACCAACGAAGCGGAGCUACAUAAAGUCAAUGCUAAAGGCUGUAACCACUUCGCAGAGGUCACCUUCAGCAACUUCAACGGCGUGGGCACAUUGACGAUUGCGAAGUCAAUAGUCAACCUCACGAUAGAGUGCAGUGGCCUGCUGGCACCCACGAGUUUCUCCUUCCCCAAUCUGAGCAAUGCUUCGUUGAACAUCAUCAUGGACAACAAUCGAUGCCACGACAGCGAUAUGCAUUUUAUUACGGAUAUAGACUUUCCCAUAUUGGCCUACACCGAGUAUAUAAGGAUUGCCGGUUUGAGGUCGCUGCAAAAUCUCACAUUCCCUGUCCUGUUGUCUGCGACUACCAUCGUCAUUGCUGACUGCUCGUUCACGGGUUUAACUUUCCCGAGUGCCACCAAGUUUGUCACUUUCGAGGUGGCCAACUCCAUUAUCGUAGGCGAAAUCAGUGUACCGUUGCUGGAGAACGUCUCCGUGCUGUACAUCACAGACAUUAACAGUGAAAUCGCUACCGAUGUGAUCAACCCUAAGGUCUUCACGCCGGAAGAAUACGAUGUACUCUUCCUUGAACUACAGGACUUCGAGCGAAAUGGUGGUAUAAAUCAAAUCACCUUUCCUAGGAAUAUCACACUCAACUUGCGAUCGCUGACGACGGCUUUGAGUAUGAAUUUUCAGCGACUGUACUUCUUCAGCCAUAUAAUUAUGGAUAAUCUAGAAACGGUGACAGAUGGGGUUCUAUGCGGGAUGGUGGUGUCGUCCAAGAUUGAGUUCCCCAGGUUAACAACUGUUCGCAAUUUGCAAAUAUGUGAUUCGUACGUGGCCUCUGCCGCAUAUGAGUUCAUGGCAAUGGAGAGAAUCGAUUCGCUGGAGAUAAACAAUAACAUCCAGCACAUCAUACUACGCUUCCCCGAAAUGACUAUAUUGAAUAACAUCAAGGUCCAGCAGAAUGGCAAUUUCACGCUCGAAGGACUGGAACUGUUGGAAUCUAUCAACAGCAUUGUACUCGAGGACACAGCCGGUAUCGCAAACCUGACGCUCCUGAUGUCCACUAUCAACUCCAUUGUGAUCGAUCGGUGCGACAUAGUGUCCAUCGACUUGCCCAACUGGACAGAGGGGUCCAUCGGGAUGUUCUCCAACAACAACCUGUUGUCGGUGCAGAUGCCACUGCUGCAGUCGUCGUCGGCGGUGGUGUUCUUCCUUAACCCGCGGUUGCAGGAAUUGAACUUCCCUGCGUUGACGGAGAUGGAAGCCGGCAUACAGUCCAGUGGCGUGUUCUGGGCUAUCUUCGUGUACGGCGAUGUGGUUCUGGACCUGUACUCGUCGUACUUUUUAGUUGGCGACAGUCUGAGCUUGGUGUCCGUUUCCGCACCGAAUUUGAGUGUGAUAGCACAGAAUCAUCGGAUUAACGAUAAUAUGGCGCUCACCAAUAUCUCCUUCCCGUCUCUGGAGAACGGCAACGGUUCAGUGGUAGUGACCGGGAACACGGUUCUGCAGAACCUAGAUUUUGGCAAUCUGUUGUCAGGGAAUGUCACAGUCAUGGACAAUGUUCAAUUGUGUUUGCCGUCGACUUUUCCAUACACCGAAUACCCACUGAGUGACAAUUCGACGUGCUUUGUGGGUGGCAAUGUGGAAGCUUGCGACAGUGCUGUCACUAGGUGUGAACUUGUUUUAUAGCCGAGCGCUACGGACAAGUAGAUUACCCACAAGCAUGAAGAGGACUGGUUCCAUCUUGAUAAGGUACUUUAGCGCUCAAGGCACAAUGUGAGUUGCGAACAUGACAAUAGCUGCUGCUGAUUAUAAAUGCACACUGUAUGUGAUUGUUCGGAAUUCGGUAGUAGCAAAGCUGACCGCUAACGCUAGACGCUAGUACCGGCUAUGGUCACGGCGGGUGUCGUCCUCUGUAAACGGCAACCAACACCAAUGCCAUGGCUAAACCCACGUUGAUAUACAGUGUCUACUACGGCUAGCACGCAACGGAGCAAUGAACCCGACUUGGAAAGGUGCUGGCGGAUAGAUGAGGAAUGUCCUAACAUCGAGAAUGGUAAGCUCUGCUAUUGUCGUCGUAAUAUGCUACCGUGUCAUAACGCAGCGGAAUGGCAGCGUCCUUCAACGCCCGCAUAUAGCGCCCGCCACAUUCUCUGCUGGUGGCAUGCAGUAGCGUCAGGCGAUACGUCCUGAUUGUAUGGUUCAUUUGCAUACGCAAACAGAGUGAGCUGGCUUGUGAGAGCGGCGCAGACGUGUUAUAUGGCGUUUGGGUACACCACCCGUAGUCACACCACUCUGAUACUGCAGCUUCGUGGAUGAGUCUAUCUGCAAG